GACUAGGUCGCUCUAAUCUCAUAUAGCUCACACCGCCCGAAUCCCCGAAGGAAUUGAGAAGGAGAGGGAGAGGAAGAUGAAUCACAUAGCAGCAAUGGAAGAGCAACUGGUAUCGGAGAGAAUAAAGCAAAAGCUAAACGAAGUAAAUGUCGCUGCCCAGACCCAACUCUCCACCAUCCAAGACCAUGUCAAUUUCACCCUUCAGCAAGCGUACUUCAAGUGUGCGCACGAGUGUUUUGAUAGGAGACGAAGUCAGCAAGACAUAAGCAAUUGUGUCGAAAAUUGCAGUGUUCCUGUUGUCAGAGCUCAAGAGGGAGUUGAGAAUGAGAUGGCCAAGUUUCAAGAGAGGUUAAGUAGGGCACUGAUGGUCUGUCAGGACAAGUUCGAAGCAGCUAAGCAACAAAAGGUCACAACCAAUUCACUCAACAAUUUAGAGUCAUGUGUUGAACAGGCAACCCAAGAUAGCAUACAGACGCUGCCACAUCUUGCCGAAAGACUGAAGGUUUCCUUCGGGAUCAACCAUUAAGUCGAAAGAGUCGUGAUAAUUGUCUUUCUAAAGUACCCCUCUAUUAUUCCAUUAACUUACCUACUAAGCCCGUGAUAAUCGAUAAAUUGUCGAAUUUCUUUAUGCUGGAAGGCAAAAUAACUGUCCUGUACUUUCUGCCAUAAGUGCUAAAUUAUCGGUUAGCAAUUGACGUUUUUGUAACGAUGAGGAAAUGAUUUGGUGGAACUCAAGAGGCAUAUGAAAUAAUUGGUUGGAAUUUCCCA